GUAUAACCAACGACAGGGCUCUCAAUCGAGGGCUGCCGUGAUCUGGCGUUUCCCCGGCAGAGCGCAAACAGCUCUGGAGUCCACAGGGUAACGCACUCUGACCCUUCACCGCGCCAGUAACCCUUGCGGAAUUACUACCGGUGUAACAACCUCAGACCCAGCGGGCGAGCUACAUCUUAAGACCAGGCGGGCAGAAAACAAAAACAGCAAACAUAACAAAACACGUUGAAUGAUGCCAUGGGGCUCAUCGACUUCGACCCGCGCGCGGCUGUAGCAGCCAUGAUGGCCGCCUCACCCGCUGCUACAGCCGCCGCAGCGGCUGCUGCUACAGCCGUUGAUGCUUUCGGCGGCGCCGCCAGCUCUGGCGGCGGCAGCAGCGGCGGCGGUGGCGGCGGCGCCAGGUCGGGCUCGGGCGUGGCGCAGCAGAAGGUGCAUGAGGCCAUGGUGGCGGCGGCGGCCGCCGUGGUGGCGACCGAUGCAGUGGCGGCGGCUUCGGCGGCGCGCCGCCGCGGGGGGGUUGCGGUGUAGAGGCUGCUGCAGAUGUGGAGGCUGCGGCGGCGGGUGUACGGGUCAGUGCUGGUCACAGGUUGACGUGUGUGUGGGCUAGGGUUAGUGUGCGUGUGCGUGACUUGGCGUGCGUGAGACUUGCCGUACGGUUGUUGGGGCGCACUUAGCUGACAGUGACGCUUAGUAUCAGCGCUGUCCGCUGAUACUCCAGAUUGGCACUACAGUACAUUGCUUAUGUAACUGUGACCUCGAACGAGCAGACUGAUCACCUGUGAGCGCGAGGAGGCUGGGCGUGUUCAGCGGCAGUCAAGUCUAGCACAUUUGGCCAGCUAGCAAAUGCUCGAGUAGAGGGUGAUAUAUAGCCCCUACAGCGAAGGACUGCGACGGCAGUCCACUCGGUCCGAUGCGAUGCCCUCUCCACACUUUGCUGCGUAUCAGGGGCCUCUCAGCUCAGCUAGUUGCACGGCGCCAGCAACAGCAUUCAUGCGGGAGCGCCUCGUGUUCCGCGACGUAGUAAUAGUGAAGGGACAGGUGACGAGCUAGGCACAAACCGGCAGAUGGUCGUGACAGGGCUGUGUGUGAACGCGUCGCAACGCCACACGUGUUAUCGACGCGCACCUGCAGGCAGGCGACCAGCGUCUGCGGAUGAGCGCCGAAGAGCACCGCAGAGAAAAUGCAAACGAAUGCAGAAAAGCACGCACUGGCCGGGCGACAGUAUGACAAGCCGGGGCAAAAAGCCAAAAACAGAGCGCGGCAAGGAAGAGGGAGCAGGUGGGGGGGGGGUUAGAACGCUCAGGAUCUUA